AUGGAGAACCAAACAAGAGUGACAGAAUUUGUCCUUCUGGGUCUCUCUGAUGUUCGCUGGCUGCAGAUCCUUCUCUUCUUUGUGCUACUCCUCAUCUAUCUCUUGACCCUGAUGGCAAAUAUUAUCAUCAUCACCAUCACCCUGCUGGACCGGCACCUUCAGACCCCCAUGUAUUUUCUCCUCAGAAACUUUGCUCUUGUGGAAGUGGGCUUCACUUCUGCUGCCAUCCCAAAGGCUUUGUUCAACCUGGCAUCAGGCACCAAGACCAUCUCUAUGGCCGGCUGCUUUACUGAGUGCUUUUUUUAUGUCACUGUGGGAACAGCAGAGUUUUUCCUGCUGGCAUCCAUGUCCUUUGAUAGGUACGUGGCUAUCUGCAAGCCUCUGCACUAUGCCUCCAUCAUGAACAGCCGGUUCUGUGGCCAGCUGGUGCUGGGCUGCUGGGUGACCAGCUUUCUGUACGUGAUCACUCCACUCAUUCUGCUAGUCCAGUUGCCCUUUUGCACCUCCAACUCAAUUGAUCAUUUCUUCUGUGAUAUUGUGGCUGUGCUGAAUGUUUCCUGUACAGACACCCACAAGCUGAGACUCAUGAUUUUCCUGUUAGCCACCGGCAGCAUACUGAGCACUUUUGCCAUCACCAUCAUCUCCUACAUCAACAUCCUGUCCACUGUGCUGCGCAUCCCCUCUGCAUCAGGGAGGCAGAAAGCCUUCUCCACCUGCGUCUCCCAUUUUGCUGUGGCUUCCAUCACCUAUGGCAGCUGCAUCUUCAUAUACAUUAAACCUGCUGGCAGCAGUGGGGUGGAUCUUAGCAAGUCUGUGGCUCUUCUCAACAACGUGGUGUCCCCUCUCCUGAACCCUUUCAUCUACAGCCUGAGGAACAAGCAAGUUAAAGAGGCCUUGAGAAACACUGCCAGCUGCACCAUCCUGUUUUUUAAGAAUUCACAAUGCCUUGGGCAGUGA